UCAUUCCUUUUUAUUAUUAUUAUUACUGUAUCUUUAAUUCUAGUUUUUUUAUUAUUAUUAUAAGAAGCAAAAUAAAUCAAUAUGUCCACUGUUAGUAAGCAAAGAGUUACUAUUAUCGGUUCUGGUAACUGGGGUUCUUCAAUUGCUCGUGUUUGUGCUCAAAACACCAUCAAGCACUCUGAUUUCUUUGAACGUGAAGUUCGUAUGUGGGUUUACGAAGAACAAAUUGACGGUAGAAAUUUAACCGACAUUAUCAACGAAAAGCAUGAAAACGUAAAAUAUCUUCCCAACAUUAAUCUUGGUGAAAAUGUAGUAGCUAUCCCUGAUGUUAAAGAAGCUGCUAAGGGAGCUAAUGUCCUCGUCUUUGUUUUGCCUCAUCAAUUCGUUUACAAGGUAUGUGAAACACUUCGAGAUGUUAUCUCCAAGGACUGCAAGGCAAUCUCCUUGAUCAAGGGCUUGGAUUACAAGAACAACAACUUGCUCAUCUUCUCUGAAGAAAUCGAAAAGAUCUUGGGUAUCCAUUGUGCAGCCCUGAGUGGUGCCAACAUUGCUAGUGAAGUAGCUGAAGAACAAUUUGGUGAAACAACCAUUGCUUGUCGUGAUCUUAAGGAUGCUGAAAUCUUUUAUAAACUUUUCCAUACAGAUUACUUUGAUGUCAAUGUGAUAGGUGAUUGGAGAGGUCUUCAAGUAUGUGGUGCACUCAAGAAUGUAGUUGCACUCGGUGCUGGUAUCUGUGACGGUCUUCAUUAUGGUAAUAACACGAAAUCAGCUGUCAUUCGUCGUGGUUUAGUGGAGAUGAGAAAGUUUGGUAAGACAUUCUUUGGUGGUGUACAUACAGAGACUUACUUUGAAUCUUGUGGUGUUGCUGAUCUAAUCACAACCUGUGCUGGUGGUCGUAAUCGUAAGGUAGCUGCUGCUUUCAUUAAAUCAAACAAAUCUAUUGAAGAAGUUGAAAAGGAAAUGUUGAAUGGUCAAAAACUUCAAGGUACUACUACAUCUCAAGAAGUUUUCCAUUUCUUAUCUGCUAGAAACAUGACACAAGAAUUCCCUCUCUUAACUGCUAUUUAUCGUGUUAUCUAUGAAAAUGCUCCUCCUGAGAGUAUUGCUCUUGAUCUCCGUACUCGUAAUGUGACUGUAGAUAUGGAAUAAGCGCUUUUUUCUUUUUCCUUUCCUUUUUUUUUGUGUGUUUGAUCAUUGUUUAUAUAUAUUAUUAUUCUUUUUUUAUUUGUUCCCUUCUCCUUCUUCCCUUUCAUACAUAACUUUAUUUCACAUUAACUGAACGGCAAAAAAAAAAAAAAGAAAAAAAAAGAAACUACAUUACCCAUGUCAAAUUCCCUCCUAUAGGAGGACACUACUUGAACAUACUAUUUAACCUUACUAUUACUACUACUACUACUACUACACACACACACGCUAUAUAUAUAUACAUAUAAACCUCGCUUCGUAUUUUUUC